CCUCCCUCCCCCUCCCUCCAGCGAUCAGUGAGCGGAGUGGAUGGAAGAAUCAGGGCCAGUCCAUUAGAGACUCCCCGCGCUCCUCCGCUACUUCCCAUUCACUUCUCUCCCUCGCACUCAACCCAAUCGUUUCAUCCGACUCCCCAUCGGCCGGCUUCUUGUAUGAAAACAACCAAUUGAUCUGCCGCUCGGUUCCCUUGGAGCAAGUUGCACAGACAUGUCCCGGAGGAAGCAGAGUCAACCCCGGCAAAUCAAACGGCCCCUGGAAGAUGCUAUUGAUGAAGAAGAAGAAGACUGUCUCUCUGAGGAAAACGAUCUUGUCUCCAAAGAAGAUUUCCCAUUGGAGGAAAGUUUUACAUCAGAGUUUGAACCGGAGAAUAUGAGUUGUGAGGAUGUGGAAUUUUUCUGUAAUAAAGGGGAUGAAGAGGGUAGCCAUGGUACAAAUGAGUCAAACAGGGAAGUGCAAAUCGAAAAAAAGAGUCAGUCCAGAACAGAAUCAGAAGGCUGGGAUGGACCAGGAGAGCUGGAGCUGUGCCAGAGGGACGGGGAGCACAAGAUCCACAGUCGGCAGCAGCUUCCAGUUGGAACAACUUGGGGGCCGUUCACUGGCAAGAUGGAUCUAAAUAAUGAGAACAGCCCUCUGAAGACAAAGCCUCCUGUUCCAGUGUCCCUGACAGAUGGUCCAAAAUGGCUGCUCGAUGUGACUUGGCAGGGUACAGAAGACAACAAGAACAAUUGCAUUGUGUACAACAAAGGAGGACAACUGUGGUGCACGACGACCAAGUCUAUCGCCGAGGGGGAAGAGUUAAUUGCCUUUGUUGUGGAUUUUGACUCAAGGCUACAAGCUGCCACUCAGAUGACUCUCACUGAGGGAAUGUAUCCGGCGCGCUUGUUGGAUUCAAUACAACUGCUUCCUCAGCAAGCUGCUAUGGCUUCUAUUUUGCCUACAGCCAUUGUAAACAAAGAUAUUUUCCCAUGCAAAUCCUGUGGCAUUUGGUAUCGAAGUGAGCGGAACCUGCAAGCACAUCUCAUGUAUUACUGUAGUGGAAGGCAAAGAGAAAAUGCUCACCUACCGGAAGACAUUGAAGAGAAUACUCACCAGCUAUCCAGUAUAUGUCCCUUCCCGCAGUGCACCAAAAGUUUCUCAAAUGCAAAAGCUUUGGAAAUGCACCUAAAUUCUCAUAGUGGUGUUAAAGCUGAAGAGUUCCUUCCUCCUGGAGCCAGCCUGAAAUGUACAGUUUGUAACUACACUGCUGAAUCCGUCAUUAACUUUCACAAGCACCUGUUCUCACAUCUGACUCACGCUGCCUUUAGAUGCAACCAGUGCCAUUUUGGCUUUCAGACUCAGAGGGAACUCCUACAGCACCAGGAGCUUCAUGUUCCUGGAGGUAAACUUCAACGGGAAGCUGACACGGAGCACUCUCCCAGUGGCAAUGAGGCGAAUGCACUACAGACAUCGGAGCUGUUGAAUAAAAAUGAGGUUCUACAAAGCCAAAAGGCUGCACAGAAUAAAGAGGCAAGCUCUGACAGCGAGGUGGAUAAGUGUGAAAAAAAACAGCAUGUUUUUAUUUCCAACCAGAGGCCCGAGGCAACUCAUAAGAAUGUCUUUUCAUAUACUAAAAUAAAGUCUGAACCCUCUAGCCCCAGACUUGCUUCAUCCCCAGUACAGUCUACACUUGGGCCUUCAUUUCCCAUGGGACCUUUUCUUUCCCAGUUUGCUUUUCCUCAUGACAUAACUGUGGUCCCACAAGCUUCAGAAAUACUUGCUAAGAUGUCAGAACUGGUACAUAGAAGGCUAAGACAUGGGAGCAAUAGUUACCCCCCUGUAAUUUACAGUCCCUUAAUGCCCAAGGGGGCAACUUGUUUUGAGUGCAAUAUUGCCUUCAACAAUUUUGACAACUACUUGGUUCAUAAAAAGCUCUACUGCAGCAGCCGUUGGCAGCACAUGACGAAAUCUGAGUUUGCAAAUAUUAUAGAGAAAAACCCAGAAGCUGUGAGUCCCUCCAAUGCACAGAACACGGUCAAUAUCCUUAACUCAUCUCUCCAUCCUUCUGACACUGACAAUCAACUUCUGCAAACGCCUUGUAUCAGCUCUGGGGCCAUGUUAGAACUCCUAGGGUCGAACGCUAAGUCUAGAGAGAAGGAACUUGCAUCAGAAGUUAAAAAGUUGACAGCUGGAAGUCCCACUGAUGAAAAAUCCAAUGACAAACCUGCCGAGGUUAAUAAUUCCACCACACCACAAUUAGAUGGGGACACUAGUGACCCAAACAAAACUACAUGCGAAGCCUGCAAUAUAACGUUUAGUAGACAGGAGACAUUCAUGGUCCAUAAACAGUAUUAUUGUGCAACACGUCAUGAUCCCCCAAUGAAAAGAACAGCUGCAAACAAAGUGCCUGCCAUGCAGAGAACUAUGCGCACCAGGAAGCGUAGAAAGAUGUACGAGAUGUGUCUUCCCGAGCCAGACCAGAGGCCACAAUUAGCCCAGCAGCAUUUUCUGCAGGUGACGACAAACCUUGGUAACGCAUGUACAUCUGCACAGGAAUCAGCAGAGGGAGUGGGAGAAUGUUAUCAUCCCAGGUGUGAUAUCUUUCCAGGAGUUGUUCCAAAGCACUUGGAAACAUCCCUUUCUAUUAAUAAAUGUGUCCCCAUUGUGAAAUGUGAAACCCCCCAUUCUGCCAAUUCUACUCUUGAGACAGAUGCCCCAAUAGACCUAAGCAAGAAGUGUUUAGCCCAGUCAGACAGAAUAUGCACGUCCCCGAAACGACUUCUGGACUAUCAUGAAUGCACAGUGUGCAAAAUAGGUUUUAACAAAGUGGAAAACUACCUAACUCACAAGCAAAAUUUUUGCCCGAUCACAGCAAAUCAACGCAGUGAUGUGGGCCACCUAGAGAAUAAAGUUUUCCCCAACCCCGAGAGUGAAAGAAGCAGCCCUGAGGCCAAUUUUGAUAGAAAUGUCAUUAAAUGUGAAAAGACCAGAAAUUCCAAACAGUUGUCGCCUAAUGGGAACUUGUUUUCUACGCACUUAGCAACUCUUCAAGGUCUUAAAGUCUUUAGCGAGGCAGCCCAGCUUAUUGCCACAAAAGAAGAAAACAAAAAUGCUUUUUUUUCACAAUGCCUUUACCCCGGAGCAAUAAAAAAAGCUAAAGUAGCAGAUCAGCUCUCUCCGUAUUAUGGAAUCAAGCCAAGUGAUUACAUUUCUGGUUCUCUUGUUAUUCACAAUGAGGAUUUAGAUCAAAGCACAAAUGUCGGAAGUGAGUCUCCCAAAAGCCAGAUACCUUCAAAUGGAUGUUCUUUGAUAAAGAAAGAGUCACUCCCUUUGUUGCCAAAAAACCGAGGCAUGGUUAUAGUCAAUGGUGGACUGAAACAAGAGGAGAGGCCAGCCGUCAAUUCUCAGCAAGAAAACAUUUCCCAGAAUCCUACGCAAGAAGACGCCAGCAAAUCGCCAUCUUGGGUGUCUGACAAACCUCUAACGGCCAACGAAAAUGUUUCUCCAUCAACUCCUUCGACCGAGGACCAGCUGUCCAACCUAUCAAAAAAUAUAAACGGCUCCAGUCCAGCUGCUAAUAGUGGAAAGUACUGCCGCUUGUGUGAUAUCCAGUUUAACAACCUCUCAAACUUUAUUACUCACAAAAAGUUUUACUGCUCUUCACAUGCAGCGGAACACGUCAAAUAGCGAGAGAUUGUGGUACCGCGAAGUGUGUGUUGUUUCAUGCAGUCAAAUGAAAGAUGCUGCUUAAAUUACAUCUGGACAAUCAGGAUAUCCAUUUAUUCUUAAUGACUUGAAGAUUUAUAGUGUUAUUCCAUAACGAUUAUGUGUAAAAGUGUAUUAAUGGUGCCAUUUUAUUUUUGUUCCAAAUAUUUAUUUUACCAGCAGUGUUUAUACAGUUGUACCCAGCACUGACCUCCUGCUCUCAAGCCACGGCUAAGGAAAUAUAUAUAUAUAUAUUGACCGAUCUGGCAAGCCAGGUCCAGGAGGCAGUGUUGGACCCAACUUCAGCUGUGCUUUGGUUAUUUUUUAUUUAAAGAACUUUAUAUUAAAGUCAUUUGUAAUGUUAUUGUAUAGUUAUUGUGUAGCACAUAUGGUUUGCACCUGUAUAGUAGAUUUUAAAUAAUAGAGACACAACAUUAAAAUAAAAAGAAGAAAAAAAAAAGAAAAACAUUUUAGGAAUAGCUUCAAAAGCACUUGUGUAUACAGACUUUCUUUUUUUCUAUGCUGUUGCAUAAAGAGUCAAUUGUAUGUGUUAAAAUAUAUUCGGCAUAGCCAUAUCUUACCCACAUGCCCCAUCAGGAUAGACUUGCAAGGACCUGUACUAUUAAUGAGAAGCCAUCAUUGCCAUAACUAACACCACAUUGUGGUGGAUCCUUAGUAUAUUUGUUCGACACUAAGCAGGGCUGUCUCUGGCCAUUCUGAACCAACCUGUUUCCCAGUUCCAUCCUUAAUAAAUCACUCUUUCAAGUCUUUGUUUUUUUCCUAUUUAGUUUUUGCAAUAUUUAAAGGGGUUGCAACAUAAGCCCUUAGGUUUUAGGAUCCACUUAGAUGCAACUUGGCAGUAGGAAUCCAAUAUUUUGUUUAACCUCUCCCUAUUCAUAGACAUAAGUGCCCCUGGCUGCAUCAGACCCUAUCAAGUCCAAAGUCCAGGAAUUAAAGUGGUUGGCAGCCGUAUUUUCUUCACUUUACAGUUAGGGUCAAGCAGAAACCAGCAGACAUGGUGCCUUAGCAUAACACUUAGGCUAGAGUCCUGUGCUGGUCAGAUUUGUGAAACCUGAACCUGCAACCCAAGUUUUUAUCUGCUUGGACGUACUAUCCAUAUUGACCCACAAGCCAACUUGCUACCCACUGACCACC